CCCCCGCCGUGCUGCGAGGCGAGGUUUCGCGCGACACUUUCCGGGCAUCCGAUAAGCCUUUCGCUCUCCGCCAGAGAUAGAGAGAGAGAGAGAGCGCGCGCGCGAUAGAGAAUGAGAAUAACGGGCAAGAGCAGAGAGAGAGAGCAGGGGAGAGAGAAAGAGAGAGAGAGAGAGAGAGAGAGGAAGAGAGAGAGAGAGAUUAAGUGUAUUUUAGCGUGUAUUUGUGCGAAAACGAAAGAGAGCAAAACAGGGUGCUAACUAGGGAGAGGAUACCCACACAACGCGCGAGCUUCAGUAAACGAUCGCAGCAUAAGGAGAAGGACCGGACCAAACGAUCUACCGGAAAUGGCUGGUGGAGAAGGCAUGGAAAGAGAGAAAGAGUUAUUGAGAGAGCGAGGAGAGAAAGGGAGAGAAGGAAAGCAGAACAGUUGCUGAGAGGAAGAUAGUAGCAACCAGCAGAUUGAUUGCGGCACGGCCUGGAUUUUCCAGACCCCUAACCUAUGGUCCCUCGGGGCCCAGAAGACCAGAAAGGCUGCAAUCCGCUACUGAGGCGGAUCAGCAGUUGUUCCCGCUGCCUGCCUGCUUUAGUGUGUCCAGUUCUCUGCCAGUACCACUGACUGAUAACAACGUGGACCACCACCUGGACAGAGCGUGCGUGCGUGCGUUUGUUUACGUUACGUUCACACUUGCUUCACCAUCGCCGCCAUCAUCUUUUGCCGCCAAAUGCCGGAUACACGCGUGCCAAAGGGGGCGCGCAUCUCAAUCGGGCAUUCAAGUACGUAGGGAUUGGCACAUCGCGAAAUGCGCCCGUGCCAAUCGCACAGCACAGCACAGCACAAUGGUCCCAAGAGGGCCUCGCAUCUGGCCUCGAUAUUCCAGCGGGCAGCGUGUGUCGCCCUGUUCGCGCGCCGGCUGAUAAGGGUGCCCCGCGCCCGCGUUCGCCCCAGGACACGGCCCCAUCCAUCCGUACCCCACAUACCCCGAUCGAUAAGGGCCAUUUAAUGGCUGGCUGGCUGGCGUCUGCCGCUCUCUGUCGCUCUCGUUGUCCCUUCCUGCUCGUCCUGUCGCGAUUGGACGUUCCGCUUAUCGAAUUAUCAUCACCCGCACCCGCGCGCUCGCGCACGUCAUGCCCAGUUGCCCCAAAACGCCGCCCACCCCCCCGAUCCUGAACAUCUCCUGGUGUGCGGCGCGCGCGCCGCGAGUGCCGGUUCGCAGUCGGUGGCGCACCACAAUUGCGGAAAGGAAGUUUAGUUUCAGCUCGCUGUUGUCCUUUUUUUUGCUUUUGGUUUUUUAAAACGGCUCUCACUCACAAGCAUGAAUUCCGGCAACGCCGGAAGCGUCCGAUACUCGCGCCAGACGACGAUAGGCAUCGAUGAGCUGGGACAGAAAAAUAAUGACGACACGCAGCAGUCGCAGAAACCGCCGAAGCCAAAACCGAAACCGAAGAACCGAUCGCAGCUGGGCAGUGACUUCGUGGCACCGGAUGGUGGCUGGGGUUGGGUGGUAGUGUUUGCCGCCGGCUUUUCCAACCUCUGUACCUUUCCGGUGCUGCAGCAGUUCGGGUUGCUGUUCCGGGAGCGGAUGAUCGAGCUGUCGAUCGGCGGCUCCGAGGUGACGACCAUCAUCAACACCCACUCGGCGCUCACAUCGAUCGUGGGGCUGGCAAAUGGGCCAAUGUUCCGGCGGUUCACCUACCGGCAGGUGGCGUUCGGGGGUGCCCUGCUCGUCUCCAUCGCAAUCAUGCUGACGGCCUGUAUGGACAGCUUCGCCGGUUACAUGGUCACGUUCGCCGUACUGUACGGUGCCGGUGUAGGGAUCAACGCAUCCGCCAACUCGCUCGCCCUCAAUACCUACUUCAAGCGGAAGCGCCGCCUGGCGACCGGGUUCGCGUGGACGCUGACCGGGCUGGGGCCGAUCGUUGCGCCCCAUCUGAUCACGCUGAUGCAGCGCAAGUUCGGCACGCCCGGUACGGUCCUGGUGUUCGGUGGGUUCGCCUGCCAUGCCAUCGCCUGGGCCCUGCUCUACCAGCCCGUCCAGUGGCACGCGAGACGGCCUGCCGUUGAUGGCAGCGAUCAGCAGGAGUCGCAGGAGGCAACCGACCCGACCGGUGUGAGUGGUACCGAGGAGACGAUACCGGUCACGCCGGCUCCGAGCGCCCGCUGUAGCUUCUGCCAGGCCGAGGGCACAACGACGGAGCUGGUGGCGGCGUACGAUGCGAUGGUGAUGGACACGGGCACCCCGAUGCUCUCGCUGGCCAACGAUGGUUGGUACUCGCGGAACUCGCUCCGCUCGCUCUACAGCUCACGGCACAGUCUCACCACACCCCGCUACCUGUCGCUGCGCCCCUCGAUGCUGAACCUCAGCGGUGCCGGGAUGGGCUCAGGAGCGACCGGUGGCGUCGCCAAGGACUCGGCUGCCCGCACGAUCGACGAGUGCCACACGGAGGACUGCCCGCAGGUGCAGGCCGAACACGAGCCGCUCCGGCGGCCACAGCGAACACAGGACCAGCAACCGAAGGUGGCCCCAGCCGCGGUGGUACCACGCGAUCCUCUCCCAGCCGUUGCUCAGAGCUGGCCAGUGGCAGCGGAAGUGGCCCUACCAUCGGUACCGCAAGAUCCAAUCGCCAAAAACAGACGCCGAACUAUGAGCGCUGGGGAGCGGGAGGUGCUGAAGCAGGCCUCCCGGCGGCUCGAGCAGCUCGUUGCCGAACAGCACCACUCCCACCGUCAGCAACAGCAGCAGCAACAGCGUGGCACCCGCCGAGCCUGCACCUGCUGUUCGGUAGCACUGGUACCGCCACCGAGUCAAGCUCGAGUGGUGGCCGGUGGCCACCCGAACCCGGAUCCCGGACGGUCGCUGACCGUGCUGCAGCGGCUGGUUGUUUUCUUCGAUCUCGAUCUGCUGCGCGAUCGCGUGUACGUCAACAUUAUGGUCGGCAUCACGAUCGCCAACUUCGCCGAGCUCAACUUCUCCAUCCUGACGCCGUUCGUGCUGGCCGAGUUCGGGUGCGACCGGCACCAGAUCGCGACCGCCAUGUCGCUGCUCGCCGCGACCGACAUCUGCUGCCGCUUCCUCGUGCCGUUCAUCGCGAACCGGCUCGACUGGCAGAACCGCACCUUCUUCCUGCUCGGCGUCAUCAACAUGGCUCUCGGUCGAAUCGUGCUGGCCCAUUUCCACAGCUAUCCGGUGGUGCUGGCCGUCGCCUGCUGGAUUGGGUUCAACAAGGGCCUGCGGACGGUGUUUAUGGCGCUCGCCAUACCGUCGCACGUCCCGCUCGACCGGCUUCCUGGUGCUACCGGCAUCCAUCUGCUGUUUGCCGGCAUCUUCUAUCUGGUCGCCGGCCCGCUGGUUGGCUUUGUGCGGGAUAGCACCGACUACGCCACGACGCUGCACUUCCUCAAUCUCGCCACAUACACGAUGGCCGUCAGCUGGUGCGUCGAGAUGUACUACCUAACGCCGCGCCGCCAGAAGCACCAACGGAACAAUGGCAGCGGCAACAGCAGCAGCUGAUGCAGAACAUCACUCCCUGGAGUCCUGGAGUCCUGCACGCUCUGGGGUACGAGACCGGAAUUUACGUCGUUUACGUGCAGCUCGAAAAAAGCGCGUGCUCGUGCUCAUCACUUUCUCCU